AUCAUAGAAGCCCUAAUUUUCCCGGGAAACUUAAGAGCCACUUCACCAACAGUUUAUUUCUCUCACAUGGUGUAGAUCUUCUUACUAUCAUCUUCAUCUCUUUUUCUCUCUCUUAAAUCCCAUCUAAUUCCUUCUAUCAAAUCUAAAUCUUCAUCCUUUUUCUUCUUAAAUCUUCUUCAAUGGCGGAAGAUCUCACUUCUCUUCCCCCAUUACAAUCUUCAAAACCACCAUUACUUAUCAACUACCCAUCUAAAGUUGCUCGUCCUUCUCUUUCACUUGAUAAUAUGGUAGAUGGUCCAAUUACCCCAUCUCGCACCAUCGAUCGAAUGAUCAAUUCACAUCACUACCCUUCUCCUUCUAGAACCAUCUUGAGUGAUAGGUUUAUUCCUUCUAGAAGUUCAUCCAAUUUCUCCCUUUUCAAUGUUAGCCCUUCUUCUUCUUUUUCUUCUUCUCCUCAGAGUAAUAAGCAACCCGAUGGGACAAGAGAAGAAUCUAACAGUACUUAUACUUCCCUUCUUCGGGCGGCCCUUUUUGGGCCUGACGCUGGGUGCUUCUUCCCCGGUACUCCUGAUAAAGGUCUACCUAACCGGAAUAUUUUCCGGUUUAAGUCCGAAACUAAACGGCCAUUGCCCUCGUUGAUGCCUUUCGGGCCUGAUGAUGCUCUUCCGGGUGUUACUUAUAGACCGGCUAAGAUUGCCAGGAAAGUACCCAGGUCACCUUAUAAGGUAUUGGAUGCACCAUCCUUGCAGGAUGAUUUUUAUUUGAACUUGGUAGAUUGGUCUUCGCACAAUGUACUAUCUGUGGGAUUAGCAAAUUGUGUAUACUUGUGGAAUGCUUGCAGUAGUAAGGUGACCAAAUUAUGUGACGUGGGUAUCGAUGACAGUGUUUGUUCAGUGGGAUGGGCUCAACGUGGUACGCAUUUGGCGGUUGGUACAAACAAUGGCAAAGUUCAAAUUUGGGAUGUUUCUCGUUCUAAAAGGAUUCGGACUAUGGAUGGUCAUCGUUUGCGUGUGGGCGCUGUGGCGUGGAGUUCAUCUGUGCUGGCUUCUGGUAGCCGAGAUAAAAAUAUAUUCCUUAGAGAUGUACGUGCUCAGGAAGAUUAUGUCAGUAAAUUAACUGGACACAAGUCAGAGGUUUGUGGUCUGAAGUGGUCAUAUGAUAAUCGUGAGCUAGCAUCAGGAGGAAAUGACAAUAGACUUUUUGUGUGGAACCAACAUUCCACUCAACCUGUAUUAAGGUAUUCUGAGCAUACAGCGGCAGUUAAAGCAAUUGCUUGGUCUCCCCACUUACAUGGGCUUCUUGCAUCAGGAGGUGGUACGGCUGAUCGGUGCAUCCGUUUUUGGAAUACAACUACUAAUUCACAGUUGGGAUGUAUGGACACUGGUAGCCAGGUUUGUAAUCUUGUGUGGUCCAAAAAUGUCAAUGAACUUGUAAGCACACAUGGUUACUCCCAAAACCAAAUAAUUGUUUGGAGAUAUCCUACCAUGUCAAAGCUGGCUACACUUACAGGCCAUGCAUAUAGGGUUCUCUAUCUUGCAGUUUCACCAGAUGGACAGAACAUUGUAACUGGAGCCGGAGAUGAAACACUCAGAUUUUGGAGUGUCUUCCCGUCUUCAAAAUCUCAGAACACGGACACUGAGGUUGGAUUUCACUCUCUUGGAAGAACGCGAAUUCGAUAGACAUGUAUACCUAUCCGGCUGCUCCUACUUUCGCUGUAUGCUUAAACAGUGUAUUGAUCAGCAACAAGAGACCUCUCGUCUCUUCAAAUUCUACAUACAAGGUUUCAUAAGAAAUGAAGAAUGCCGACAAAUAGUUCUGCUUCUGGCUAGUCAUGCAAUGUUUGCCAAACGCCUGAGUGGCUCUUAUAUUUUUAGUUAAAUGUAUAGAAAUGGGAAUCAAAGAUUUUGUUGUAGUAGUAUGUGUAAAAUGCUCUUAUAUUUUUAGUUAAAUGUAUAGAAAUGGGAGUUACUAUGUUUAUAAGGGGGCGCAUUAUGCAUUGUUGUAGUUAACAAAAUUACAUAAUCCUGUGUAAAUAAAACAGUCAUUCUGUUGUGCUUUUUGUCAUGUCAUAUUUUAUGCAUAUAUAUAUCCCCGUUGGUUCAUAUAUCA